AUGUUCCUUUCCUGGCGCCGUAGCUGGGCAGCGUGGUCGCCAAGGUCGGUGACGCGCUGGUGGGCGAGCUGCUGCGGGCGUGGGGGCCACCUUGCUGCCGUCCAGUGCAUUAUGCUGGAUGCCGAGGCCAAGAGCCGCACCAACCCUGCUGUUCGCCGGUGGAUGACGGACCUCAAGACUGCCGUCUACCAAGCUGACGACAUCCUUGAUGCCUUCCGAUGCGAAGCUUUGAGCGGUCGCGCCGCUCACAUCCACCACUCCACCACACGUAAGGCGCUGAGCUACUUCACCGUCAAUAGUCCGGUUGUUUUCCGUCUAUCCAUGAGCAGGAAGAUGAAGGAUGCCCUUGAGAUGAUAGAUGAACUGGUUGUCGAGAUGAACAAUUUUCACUUCCUACAACUUACCGAGACAUCAACUGUUGAUCAUCCACAAACACACUCUCAUGUUGAUGAAUCAGAUAUAGCCGGCAGACAAGAUGAGAAGGAACAAGUGGUGAAGAUAUUGCUCGACCAUGCCGCCAACAACAAUAAGAAUAACAAUGUCAUGGUGCUUCCCAUAGUUGGUAUGGGGGGAAUUGGUAAGACUACACUUGCCCAACUUGUGCACAAUGAUCCGAGGGCGAUGCAUCAUUUUGAGUUGGUCAUACGGGUCUGUGUCUCUGAUAAGUUUGUUAUCAAAGAAAUUAUUCGAUCUAUUAUACAAGUGGUUACAAUGAACAAGUGUGAAUUGACUGAUAUGGAAGCACUGCAGAAGAAACAUGGUGAAGUGUUGGUAAAGAAAAGGUGCCUCCUAGUGUUGGAUGAUGUUUGGAAUGAAGAUAGACAAAAGUGGGAUGAGAUGAGAUCAUUGUUGUGCUCACGUGUUGGCUCAGGUAGUGCAAUAACUGUGACAAGUCGAAGUGAUCGAGUUGCUUCUAUCAUGGGCACACUUCAUCCACAUAUGAUAUUUGUUCUAAAUGAGGACCAAUCAUGGGAGCUUUUUCGUAGAAGCACAUUUGGAAGCGGAGUGGAAAAACAAGGGGAAUUGAUUUCAGUUGCUAAGAGUAUUCUCCACAAGUGCAAGGGAUUGCCUCUUGCUAUCAAGACCAUAUCUGCUUUACUUCAGUCGAAGCAUCAUACUCAAUGGUUCUCUGUCUUGGAUAGUGAUGUCUGGAAAGAUGAUAUCCUCACAUUUACCGGAAUUGUACCCGCACUACAGCUAAGCUAUUAUCACUUGUCAUCGGAAGCAAAAACAUGCUUUUCAAUCUGUGUUAUUUUCCCCAAGGAUAGCAUGUUGGAGAAAGACACGUUAAUCCAGCUAUGGAUGGCAAAUGACUUUAUUGCAUCAGAAGCAAGAGGCGAACACAUUUUUGAUGUGCUCUCUAUUCUGCAAGAAUCUUCAUCAUGUCAAGAAAACUCCAGUUCAUUACAGAAUGAGGUCCGACAUUUGUCACUUGAGUAUUAUUCAAAUUACAUCGUCUCAACCAUGAAGGAAAUUUUGGCUCCCCUACCCCGUAAGAUCUUAAUCCAACGUUUGGAGCACAUGCCACGAGGUAUUGGUCAGCUGAAUUCUCUGCAGCCAUUGACAAGUUAUGUCAUUGAUAGUGAUGCGAGUCGUGGAAUUGUUCAACUGAAAAUUUUGAAUCUAGGUGGUGCUCUUUCUUUGUCUGGGAUAAGAAAAGUGCAUAGUGCGGAAAAUGCUAAACAAGGCAAUAUGUCCACCAAGCACAAUUUAAAAAGAUUAUCACUUGAUUGGUAUGGAUCUUAUAGCACAAAUGUUGGAUUUGAAGUUGAUACUAAUCCAGAAGGAAUAUUGAAGGCCCUUUGUCCUGGCAAAAGGCGUGAAGCUUUACAACUAUAUAGUUCCACCAUUAUGGCAGCUGCCCUCUCUCAUGUACUUGCGUUUGAGUGCUUUGGUUAG